AAGACUUUUCGCGUUAUUUGCAAUGCUAGCUAACUGGAUAGCAGUGUCGGUAAAAGCCAGAAUACCCGGAUGAUACGGCGGACUACCAAGGGGCGUGGCCUGACCUGGACCACGUGACGCGCUGCUGGCUGCUCUCUCUCUCUCUCUCUCUCUUUCUCUCUCUCUCUCUCUUUCUCUCUCUCUCAGCUCCGAUGUCAGCCGUGUGUGUGUGUCAGAGAGUGUGUGAGUGUGUUUGUGUGAGAGUGUGUGAGUGUGUGUCGCCGCCGCCCGGACAGCGGGAGGAAUAGUCCGGAAAAAAAAAAAACCCCACAAAAACCAAAAAAAAAAAAAAAAAAAAAAAAAAAAAAAAAGAUGGAACUGACGGCGAUUGGGGACCGAGUUUUCGCCGCUGAAGCGAUCCUGAAACGCCGCGUGCGAAAGGGCAACAUUGAGUAUCUGGUGAAAUGGAAAGGAUGGGCACUGAAGCACAGCACAUGGGAACCCGAGGAGAACAUCCUGGACGAUCGGCUCAUCACAGCGUUUGAGCAGAAGGAACGAGAGCAAGAGCUCUACGGCCCAAAGAAGCGGGGACCUAAACCAAAAAACUUCGUGCUCAAGGCACGUGCUCAAGCAGGUGAGACGUCGUCCCGCGGUUCCAGUACCCGUCAUGCCCCUCCGUGCCCCUCCUCCUCAUCGCCGGUCCCUCCUAACCCUUCGUCUUCGUCAUCCCUGGCGCCGACGCCCAGGUUGCACUCUCUGGCUGCCUCACACAAGCUCAAGAAAGACAUCCAUCGCUGCCACCGCAUGUCCCGGCGACCUUUGCCCCGACCCGACCCUUUGGCGAACCCAGACGGUUCCUCCUUCCUCUCCCGCCUGCCAAUCUCUCCGUUUUCUGAGACUGUGCGCAUUUUGAACCGCAGGGUCAAGCCACGUGAGGUCAAGCGUGGUCGCAUCAUUCUCAACUUAAAAGUUAUUGAUAAAUACGGUAAUGGGACAACCAAAGGACACCAAGGAAGGGCGCAGAUCCCAUCGCGGAAUCGCAUCAUCGGAAAGAGGCAAGGGGACAUGCCCUACAAGCCGUUUCAACCGCCCAUGAAGAUGCCCGGCUUUCCUAUGUACGGCCAGCCAUUUGGGCUCCAGCCGUGCCCUCCUGCUUCAGCUUCAACUGGUACGAGAGCGAGCACUUCUAUUGGAAGUAAAACCAGAGCCCAUUCCUCAGCAGAUUCUUCCAGGGUUCGGAUCCAGUCUCCCCCUUCUCCGUCCAGCUCCAGCGGCACUGAAAGCGACGCUCCCUCUUCACCGCAAAUCCAGCCCCGUCGACAGCAAGCUCAGAUCGCUGCAACCUCAUCCCCACCUCUGGCACUGAGCACAGAAACCUCAUCCCAAGCUCGGUCCACUGGCACCAAAUCUGGAUCUUCAGCACCUUGUCUACCCUCCUCUCCACCCCUCUCUUCUUCUUCCUCAUUAUCAUCGUCACCAGAAGACAAAAAAGGAAGGGCACCGAAUCUCCCCUGUGUGGCUAGGGGCAGGAAGAGAAAGCCACGCCGCCGAUUUCAGACAUCCAGUCCCUCGGGUGAUGGCACGGAGAAGACAGUGCCGAAACAAGGUGACCCCGACUGGCAUCCUAAGCGGACACCCAGCCGCGCCAAUGUUGUUGUUACUGAUGUUGCAACUAACCAUCUUACUGUCACUAUUAAGGAGUUUUGCCAGUCUGGAGCUGCUUCCAGACCCCCGUCACCGUCCCACGCUGAGAAUGCCAAAGCUUCCACCACCUAGUCUUCUCCAGUUACUACAAACAGUAUAUCUCAUUCACCCCUUGACCCCAACAAGAACUUGCCAUAAGAACAUUCCCCGAAAAAACAACGUUGCCAUCAAUAAAAUUUAAACAUAUUUUUUAAAGAAAUUAAGUUAUCUAUAUAUAUGGACAUGCAGAGAGUUCAUACUCUGCUCGUCCCAAGUGUAUUCUUUUCAACCGCACAUUGACCCGAGAGAUUCUGUGUCUUUGGCGACCCUGUUCUUCAAUGAUCAUGUGGAACUCUAGGGCUGCAAGAUGAACAAAAUUGUAAUAAUAUUGCUUCAUAUUGCAACUGCAAUAAGCCUUGCAAUAUAUUAAAAAUCGAUCGGUGAAUCCCUGACAUGACUGCAGCAACCAGAUCGGUUAGAGGGCUUGUCUGCAUACCGCGGCCUUCUGCAAUACGUCAGUACUGCAAAUGUCAAUAUAAUUGCAAAAGCAAUUAACAAGAUACAUUACAUUUAAUCCUAGAACUGUGCCUGCUUUUGGUGCCGUCAGUGCUGUAGACACCUUAGCAUGAGCAGUGAGUGUGAGUAAGUUAUGCUUCGGUGUGGUUCGUAAAGAAUGCAGCGUGUAUUGUAACCAGUCCAUCCUUCACCACCAUAGAUCCCAACACAGACCAUUUAUUUGCACGCACACUGCAAGACCCUUCUUGCAACCUUUCAGUUCUGCCCUUGUGCUCUUCCCCCUUACUGAAAGAUACAUCCACCAAGACUCUAAACUGCCGGUGUUUUCACAAAUACACCAAGGACUGCAUCUCAAGAUUGCUACUGUACAUCAUUUCUGUUCCCUGUUUCCUGGAAUCGUAUUUGCCUUCUGGAGUAACCAUAGUUUGUAUUUGGUGUGAUUGGUGUUUUAUGGGCUUUCAACAGACGUUGGACUGGUUUGAGAACUGUGAAGCGGUGACUUUAACUAAGUUCUACAAAUGCAUAGCCUUGAUUAAUGAAACCUUCAUUAACAGCCGAUGCUAUUUGGAAAGAUUUCUUAAUGUUUUUUUUGAUAGCACCACAGGUCGCUUCUCAGACUGGUCCAGCAGUCGAGCUUUUGGUCCAACUGGGUGCUAGCAUUGACAGAUCAGACCUGGGAUAAAAACAGUCUAACUUUUCUUAUGUUUUUCUGAGCUUCCUGCAGAAGGGCUCAUGUGAAUGUGAAUGGUGGUUUUGUGGGUUUUGGGGUUUCACAUGCGCCAUCGCUCAUGUCCAACUUUGGGUGCGGUCCAAGUGAAAUCACCAAUUUACCAUUCAGAGCAAAACCAGAUUUUGGACUGAUUCUGCAAAAUCAUUGCAAUGUAUUUAUGUCUGUUUUAUGAAAAGAGAAAUGAAGUUUAUGGUGAACAGGAUCAUGCCGGCAUCACACAGUUCAUAUGGCAGCUAACUUGGCUAACUGUGGUGAAGAAUAAUGCAAUGUGAGAAGGCUUAUUUAUUUAUAGGACUCAUCUGAUGAAGCAUAGCCACCGAAUUGCUCUAAUAAUCCUGCGCAAAUCUUAAUUAAUGUGCCUUUGGGAACUUAGGGGAGAGGAGAAUAUUGGGAAAUGUGUUUUGGUGGGGGCUUGUCUUUAGAUAUGACUUUAUAUGUUUUUUUUUGUCCUAGUCUAAACUUAUAGCUUAUAUUUUCUUUCUUUUUGAGGCAACAUGCUUAUAAAUUGGUAGCAACCCAUUGGACUAUAUAGGGCAUUUUUACUUGUAGGCAGUUUUCUGUACCUGACCAAUCAGCUGUAAGACUGCCAUUUGGAGAGAUUUAGAAUAAAAGUACAUUUUUGGUGAAAAGUGAAAUGAUUUAAGUAACUUUCAUCACUGGUAUGUUAUGUUAGCUAAUUAGCAGCUAGCCAGCUGUAGUUGUUAAUGAGGGCUAGAUUCAAAGUUGGUGACUUAAUUUAUACCAAUAUUUUAUGAUUUAAAGUUAUGUCAAUAUUGACAUGAAGGAAGUUCUCUGUAUUCAGAGUCGGGUUACGCAGGUACCCCAUUUUCUGGUCGUCCCAUUCAGAUUUGUCAGAAUAGAAGUGUAUGAGACGCAUCUCCCGAGCAACUGUCCGAGGAGGGUUUGAAUCUGUAGUUAUGCACAAUUUCGAUAUUAACACUACACUACGUACACAUAAUUCAGCUCUCUGCACUAGUUAAGCUAUCUAGCUAGCCAACAUGGUAGUGUUGAUUAAUCUAAAUUAAAAAUUAAUUCAUUUCAUUUUAACCUUAUCAGUCUCAUUGCCCUUAUACCUUCUAAAAAUGGCAAAUGUCCUCACUGAAAAAAAAAAAGAUGACUGUUGCUACAGUUGUGAAACAUGUUGCUAGGAAGGUUGCCUCAAAUAGUUGAUCGUGUAUCAUUACGUUUACGAUAUUUUGUUCCGUUAUUUCCAGCAAAUGUAUUUUAAACCUCCAAAAAGUAAAGUUUAUCCCAGGUCUGGGAGAGAUGAACUCCGUGACCCACUCCUUCCUCCGGUGCUGCCCCUCCACAGGGCACCUCUUGUGGUGCAUCUAUAUUAUAUAACAGUAUAUGAAGCAUGUGUUGCCUUUGGCCGUUGCUUUUUUUUUUUAACCUAGGAAGUGCUCCAAAGUACCAAAAGUCAAGUCUUGUUUACCUGUGUGUACUGUGUGCUAGAGAAUAGCCGUAGGAACUGCUGAGGUGGUUCAUCAUUACUCGAAGUUAACCAGUGGCCUAUGUUUUAUAUUUAAUAGGGCUCGAAAAGAUUUUUGGACAGUGGCACUACCUAAAAAGACCUGGCACCUUCAGAGAGGUGUAAGUGAUCCGGAGGGCUUUUUUUUUUUUAAUUUCCGUACUGUAGGAGUGACGUACUGAGUGCCACGUUUCUUUUAUAGCCAUCCUUGUUCUAUUUGAGUAGUUGGGUUUUGGGUUUGAGUGAAUGAUAUACCCAAACGCCAAGCUAAGUGUGAUCUAUGAAACGUGUCUUUUAUUGUUUUAUGUAUUGAUAUAAGUUGAUGACUAUAUUAAUGAUGACGAUGAUGAUAACAUUGUAAUGUAUCUGAUGCAUGUACUGCAAAAGCCUAAUUGUACAGGUCAUUUAAAUGUCAAUUAUUGGUGUUGCUUUGUGUGUUUCUCUUGUAAGAUGCUUUUAAUAAAAGUCACCCCAAAGACA